AUGGAGGAGAUCUAUGGAAACGUCGAGACCCUGCGGCAUGCAUGGCACUACCGCAACCUCACCAGACAACAAGCGGAGGAGCUGCUGUGUCAGCAGAGCUGUCCAGGAUCGUACCUCGUGCGCGAGAGCUCCAGCGGCAGCAACACCGUGCUUUGUGUCAUCGAUGAAGCAGGGCUUGUGGUGCACUACCUCAUCUCCCGCAACGAGGACGGAAGCGUGCAAUUCAAGGACCGCGACGACCGCGUGUACCCGGAUCUUGAGGCGCUGAUCGAGCACUGCACGCGCAAGAAGCGGCUGCGGGUGCUGCUGACACAGCCGUGCGAGCUCCCCGUCAGCGCUGCCGGUGCUGGCAGUAUGGAUGCACGUGCGUCUGGAACGGCGAGCGACGCGACGGAGGAUGAGGACGAAGACGAUGAUGAGGAGGGCGAUGAGGAGCAGGAUUUCAACACCGUUCUCGAGCGCGAACUGCGCACGGCCGCGUCCCAGCAGGCCAGACUCAGGUCUGACGCGCACUUGCACAAGGUGUUUGAGGAGUACAUCCACUUCAACGCCCUCGGCGACGCCGGCGAUGCACACCAGGAGCAGACGCUCGCAAAGUUCCGCGCCCUGGUUGCCGAGCUGGGCAAGCCGUUGCUGCAAGAGCUGCAGACGUUCCAGACGCGUCUCGACGCUCUCCGAAAUGUGUUCCAAUCGGCCUCCAUGCAGAGCAACAUCAAGCCUCCCAUUCGCAUUGAACACCCAGACGUGAAGGAGGGAUCUGACGAGCUGACGCGCCUGUCCACCUCCCUCGCCUUCUCAAAGUCCCUCGUCAACAACGUCGAAGCUUUUGCCACGUCGUACCUGAAAGGGCUGCUGUGCAAGCACGGGUCUGGCGGUACCGCCCCCGCUGUUGAGCUCUCCGCCAUGAGGACCUUCGACGUCCGCCGCGUUGACCAAAUGAUGAAGACGUCGACGGUCAUCUCUGUGAAUCUGAGCGAAGGGUUCGUGUCCAUUGGCAAGGACGAUCCAAAGCCAUACAAGCACGACGAGAUUCUGCAACUGAUCAAGAGUCGGUCGAACAAACAGCGGCUCGGCGUUGUUCUCAGCGGAAAGCGAAAGGAUUUCGUCUUUGAGAGCCUGGCGGAGCGAGAGGAGUUUUGCCAGCUGGUGCAGUCGAUGAAGAACAGGCUCGGUGACGACAAGGCCACCGACUACAUCCGCAACAUCGACGUCUUCAUUGGAACCUUCAACAUGGGCGACGCUGUGCCCAAGGAUCAGGACCUGUCGACUUGGUUCCGGUGCGACGGCACGGGCACGGGCGGUUCAAUGGACCCGAGCACAUACGACAUUGUCGCAGUCGGGACGCAAGAGAGCGGUGGAAGCGAACGCGAUUGGAUCUCAACGAUCAAAGCCGUUAUCGGCAGCGAAUUCUACCAGGUUGCCUUUGUGCGGCUGCUGGCCAUCCGCCUCGUUGUCUUCGCCAAGCAGGCCCACCAGAACCUCAUCUCACACCUCCAGCAGGGCACCGUCGCAACCGGCAUUGCGAACAAACUUGGCAACAAAGGCGGGGUGGGCAUUUCGUUCUUCUUCGAGCAGACGUCCCUCUGCUUCCUCAACUGCCAUCUGGCCGCCAGCGCCAACAAGGUGUUGCGGCGGAAGGCGAACAUCCAGGACAUUCUCGGGAAACUGCAGCUUGGACAGAAGAAGCUUGUUGGGUUUGAUGUUGCCAGCCAAUUCCACCACAUCUUCUGGUUUGGGGACCUGAACUACCGGCUGGACUAUCCGCGGGAGGAGGUGCUUGACGUGAUCAAGGCCAAUCGCAUCGAGGACCUGCUGCGCCGCGACCAGCUCCGCACGGCCAUGCACGAGAAGACCAUCCUCGCCGGCUUUGACGAGGGCCGCAUCACGUUCAAGCCCACGUACCGCUACAAGCGCGGCGCACGCAACGAGUACACCAUCGUCAAGCACAAGCCUGGUGGGGUGAAGAAGAUCAACGUGCCGUCGUAUUGCGACCGCGUGCUGUGGCGCUCCUUCCCCGACACGCGCAUCCGCCAGCUCGCGUACGGCUGCACCACAAACAUCGUCACCAGCGACCACUCUCCCGUCUACUCCGUCUUCAAGAUUGGCGUCAGAUCGCAAUAUGUCCCGAAGCAUGAUCCGUCUGCCGGAAGUUCGUGCCGGUUGCACAUUGCGGGCGCCGAUGCAACAAUUGAGACGCGCUCCGCCACAGAAUACUUUCUCGAGUUCUUUGGCACCUUCUUUAGUGCAUCUGGGUCGCUACGCACGAAGAACAACCGCAACGGGUCGUGCAACACGCCGCAGUGGACGGCGGAGCAGAUUGAUGCCAUCCAGCCCAUCAUCUCGGAGCGCGCCUGUCUUGAGCAGGAGCACUUGCUCAUUGCCGUCAAGUCUGCAGACAGCGAGGAAGGCGAGCUCGUCCUGUCUGCGUUUAUCACGGGCGCUGUGGGCGAAUCACAGGCCAACUCUGUGAUGAAGGUUGGCGAUGUGGACGACGAGUCCUACAGUCGCACGUCCACGCUGUCGUCCACGCGGCGGCAGACAUACCGCACCCCAGAGGAACUCAACGCCAUGCGCCUCAAGCGCUCCUCUCGCGUCCUCACCGGGCGCCACCGCUCCAGUGCGUCGGAUUACGAGCAGCCAGACAACCUCGGCUUGGAGGAGGACGGGAGCAACUCGCCUCCGCCGCCGCUACCGCCACGCCGUGGUUCCGACAACACAACGCUGAGUCCACCAACAGCAGCGCCGCCACCGCGUAGGCCAUCGCGGUCCGCUGCAUCCCAGCCGCUCACCAUCACAUCCGCAAUGACAACCGUUGAGGCGACGGUGGCUGCUGUGAGCGGGGCGGAGAGCGGGGCGCCACCACCGCCCGUUCCGCGCAAGAGCGAACGCGUCAUGUCGAUGGUUGGAUCGGAUGCACUCGCCAUUGACACAUCCGCAGCGGCGCUCCACAUGGAGCCCAAACCUGAGACGCCUUCAGCGCUCUUUGACCAGAUUGGCCAUCCAGAACUCGCCCCACUUUUCGUCCAGGCCGGCUACGACGACCUUGAGUUUUUCGGGGACAUUACAGAGGACGAGUUGGAGGAGAUUGGCGUCGGGGACCAGCAGCUGCGACAACUGCUCAUGCAGACAUUCAAGCACGCCACAUCGUGCUCAGAUGCUUAGACUCUUGUGCACUGGUUGUGAUGAUGUGUUGACGAUGACAAUGAUGAUGAUGAUGAUGAUAAUGCGUUUGUGUGAGGUUUGCUUGGUUUUUUCGUGGUUGUCUUUUGUCUUUCAUUCCUUUGCUGUCCUUUGCUUUCUUACUCUCUUUUAGUUGUGGGUGGUUGGAGUGUGCGAGUUUCCCUCUCUCGUGUUACCGCCUCACCUUGUUGCCCCUUUGCCGUUUUUAUGCCUAUGGUUGAUAGUCAUAGCUGGUAAUCGGCUGUGUGCAGUGGGGUUGUGCGUGUGUGUGUGCGGAAGUGCUGUUAAUGCGUGCUGCUAUUGUGUUUAUGCCAUGGAGAGUGGGCUUGGUUUCUGUGUCUGUGAAAUGAUGAGGUGCAUUUUCGAGCAACUGUUGGCCUUCUCCUCCUCCUCCUCUCAGUUCUUCAUCACACCCGCUCCGAGCGAUUAAACAAAACGAGCAGAGGAA